UUGACCCGUAAAUAUAUCCGCUCGCUGGUGUUCGUUCGUCCGCACAGCAAUUUCAGGAAGAGGACUCGGGCACUUCAACUUCAACAGAAGAACAGAACACAUUCUUCCGACAGUAUUUCAUCGCUAACUUCAUGUUAGCUCGUUAUUUUACGGCGACACGCCGCGGUUACUAGAGACUAUUGGAAAUGCGGUCAUAGCGCUGGUGCAGCUCCACCGUGCUUUAGCCUUAUAGCACGGCUGAUCUGCUGAACUGGACCAGUCAAGACCAGGUUCGGGUAUUUUUCAUUUGAGCCGGGUAUUUUUUUUAAUAAGGUGUGCCUCCGCCUUCCCCCGGCAUGGAGCCGUUGGGAUCCCUCCUCGGAUGCUCCGCGGCCGUCGCGAUGGGUGUCCUGGUGUUCUCCGCCUACAAACUCGGCGUUCUCUACCAGUUGUUCCACAAGACCGAGACGAACAGCCCGAGACACGGCGGCGAGAGCGUGGCGGCGGUCCUCCGCGCCCACGGGGUCAAGUACGUUUUCACGCUGGUCGGCGGGCACAUCUCUCCCAUCCUGGUGGCUUGUGAGAAGGUGGGCAUCCGCGUGGUGGACACGAGGCACGAGGCCACCGCCGUCUUCGCCGCCGACGCUGUGGCGAGACUCUCGGGCACGGUCGGCGUGGCGGCGGUGACCGCCGGCCCAGGCCUCACCAACACGGUGACGGCCGUGAAGAACGCACAGAUGGCCGAAUCUCCAUUGCUGCUCAUAGGAGGAGCCGCGGGGACGCUACUUCAGGGGAGAGGAGCGCUGCAGGACAUCGACCAGAUGUCCCUCUUCAAGCCGCUGUGUAAGUUCUGCGCCUCCAUCAGGACCAUCAGGGAGAUCGUGCCUACCGUCAGGAAAGCCCUGGCCGUGGCCCAGUCGGGGACCCCCGGUCCGGUUUUCAUCGAGUUCCCCAUCGACACGCUCUACGCCUUCCAUCUGGUGUCCAAAGAGUUUGGAGUCAAGAACCCUCCCAAAGGCCUGAUGGGCAAGGUCGUCUCGUGGUACCUCAAUAACCACCUCAUGAACGUCUUCGCUGGAGCCUGGGAGACCAGAGAUGUGUCUCCGCUGCCCGUUGACAUCCCGCAGGCCACCGACCACCAGGUGCAGAAGUGCAUCGAGCUGGUCAGUCGAGCCAAGAAGCCUGUCAUUCUGCUCGGUAGCCAAGCAACUCUACCUCCGACCCCCGCCGACGACAUUAGGAAGACAUUGGAGGACUUGGGCAUUCCCUGCUUUCUGGGAGGAAUGUCCCGCGGCCUGCUGGGUAAAGACAGCCCCAUCCACAUCCGACAGAACCGGCGAGACGCCCUGAAGGAGGCCGACGUGGUGCUGCUGGCAGGCACUGUGUGUGACUUCCGCCUGAGCUACGGCAGUGUUCUUAACAGACGCAGUAAGAUCAUCGCCAUCAACAGAGACCGGACGCAGCUGCUGAAAAACUCUGAUAUGUUCUGGAAACCGACAGUAGCGAUUCAGGGUGACGCUGGUUCAUUCUUAGUACGGCUAUCCAAAGGCCUGAAGGGCCACCGCUGUCCAGAGGAAUGGCCUCAGAGGCUCAAAGCAGGAGAUGUCACCAAAGAAAAUGUGAACAGGGCCAAAGCUGAAGAGAAGACGGAACAUCACUUGAAUCCCUUGAAGGUCCUCCAUCGCGUGGACGAGCUGAUGGCUGAGGACAGCAUCAUCGUCGCCGACGGGGGGGACUUCGUCGGGAGUGCUGCUUACAUAAUGAGGCCGAGAGGGCCGAUGCGUUGGCUCGAUCCAGGAGCCUUCGGGACCUUGGGGGUCGGAGGAGGAUUCGCUCUGGGGGCGAAGCUGUGCCGGCCGGAGUCCGAGGUUUGGAUAGUGUACGGCGACGGCUCUCUGGGGUACAGCGUGGCAGAGUUCGACACUUUCACCCGACACAAGACCCCCGUUAUAUGCGUGGUGGGAAAUGACGCAUGCUGGAGUCAGAUAUCCAGAGAGCAGGUUCCCAUACUCGGCAGCAACGUGGCGUGCGGCCUCGCGUUCACAGAUUAUCACGUAGUGGCGGACGGUUACGGCGGAAAGGGCUACCUCGUCCGGCGCGAGGACGAAGACCGGCUAAGUGACAUCAUCCGAGAAGCUCAGAGGGAAACCCAGGAGGGCAAGGCUACACUUCUCAAUGUCCUGAUAGGGAAGACCAACUUCAGAGAGGGCUCCAUCUCUGUAUGAGGCAGCUGUGGUGUCUUUAAACUUUAAACCCCUUUUGCCUCUUGGCUUCAUAUUUACUAGGAAUGCGGCUCUAUGCAGGGUUUCAGAGAGUAGGGAGAUACCGCUGGAUGCCGUGUAGACUACGCCUAAGCUAAUCCUUUGUGCCCUUAACGCCAUAUUUCUCCUUGGUGAGAGGAAAUGAAUUUCCGGUUUGACGAUCUUUUUUUAGAAGUUUAUGAGCCGUCAGUUGCAAAAUUGCCCUACUUCCCUGUUGAGACUGGUUAAGACGCGUGGAAACACCGGCGUCAUGACAAAUGUCAGAGGGUGACUGCUUGUUAACCUGCAGGUUCAAUCAGUUCCUCUUAAGUGAAACACUACAGCUCGAGCUCUGCCAGCCCAGAAACUAAGUCUUUGGUUGUGCAUCAUGCAACUUUCAGGUUCAUGUCCUUUUCUGAUUGAUGCAUUUUAAGAAGGGAAGGAGUAAUAAUGGCGCUUUGUUAAGGGGCCGUACCUCUUCAGGAGCUUGGGGUUAAACUCCUGACGUUUAAACAGCCUAUUAUAGCUGUCUUGCAAAUAAACCUGUGAAUGAAACCAUUUGUGCGGGAGAGCGUUGGUUUACGUCAUCAAAUGCAACCAGUAUGCCUUUUCUGCUGUUACCAAACGAACAUGGAGUCUUUUUACGAGACAUGAAACCUCAAGGCUGUAAAACUCUGUACCGCUUGAUGAUUUGGAAUAAAAAAAGUUCAAUGGAAAGUAUUUUUAGAAUGUUGGAGACUGACAAAUGGUAUGCCUUUUAAUGUUUGAUUACAUUGAUGUGUGUGGAUUGAAAAUGUGUCUGCUGAUUCAGAUAUGUAUUUAAUUUUUUUUCUAAUACUAACCUGCAUUGAUGUGGGUUAUCAAGUCAAACACACCUCAACACAAUAUAUAUGCACUGUAAUUAUGACCUAUUUCCUCACCAAGUGAAUAUGUGUGGGUCAUCUCAAUCCAAUAAAUAUUGGUGUUUUAUUUGGUAUUUAUCAAACCGUUCAACCUAAAUGUUAAUUUGGGUUCAUUAUCAAAUAAAUUGAAAAAAAUCAAG